AUGCUCGCACUGCCGGUGCUACUGUCAUGGAAGCCUCUCCGCUUGAGUGUUUUUGUGACUCAGACGCAGGGCAUCAUGUCGCUUGUGGAUUCCGAAGCUGCCUUCACCCAGCGAUGCCAGGAGGUGAAUGCGGGAACCAUUCACACGGCUUUGCGUGACAAUGGUGUCACGACCUUUGCUAGUCUGGCUUAUGCAUGCGGCACCCCUCAGGAUCGCCCUACGCAGGCCGAGCUGGAUGCUUUCAGCACUAGGAUUCUUGGAGCUGCGCCUCGCUUGGGUGACGUCUCGCUCUUGAAGCGACUCAUCUUCGAAUCAUGCACCUUUGUGAUCGCACAGUUGCGCCAGAAUGUUCAAGGCGAUGCUUCUGAGACCCCUAAGAAACUCCCCCUCGCUGAAAAAGCGGCCAGAGCAGCCGAUCAGAAACGCCGCUUGGCCGGGGUCCACAUAGAGAGGGACUCCGUUCCAUCUUAUGCCUUGGUGGAUUUGUGCUUCCAUAUGCUCGAGGUCGGGGUGACAUGGAUCAGCCCAGGCCGCUGCACGAGUCGCGAAAGCGAGAUCCAACUCUCGACCCGCGAUCAAACCAAGGUGUUUAAGCUGGAGGAUAACAGCUUGAAAGUCGGAAACGAGGGCCCAGAUGAUGUGGCCUGCUUCGACUCUCCCAUACGGCUACAAUGGUGUCUUCAAAGGAGAGGCCUUGCACUUGAUCAAGCUAGACUUAUGUCUUGGCAACAACAUGAGCGGUGGGUGCAUUGCCUCCUCCACGCGCUUACGCGUGAGUGCCCUUCGGGGUUCCACAAGCCGGAUAUGAACCGCAUUGUGCAAGCCGACCGGGAGGCAUGGCUCAUUCUUGCAUCGGAGGUGCCGAGUCUCAAGGUCACGGCCGCUGGCGAGUUUCCGCUUGGUGUUGCACUCGAGGCCCUCCGCACUGACCCACGAAUCACCAUGUAUCUUAUGCCUACUUGGGGCCGGCAGCCUGACGUCAAAAUGCCUUUGGAUGUCCCGUCCCCACCAAAGGACGGCGAGGGUUUGUCUCGCUCGGCAAAACGUCGGAGGCGCUUGAAGGCGGCGGCGGCACGGAAUGCCACGCCGCCUGGAAAGUCGACUUCGACCCCAAAAGGGGCACGUGCCAUGCCUGCCGAGUUGAAGGGCACGCACCAGAAAACCGAAGAUGGCAAGCUCAUUUGUUGGGAUCACAACUGCGGCGGCUGCAAGCUCAAGGCUGACGGUGAUCCCCCAGCGUGCCAGCAUGGUGUUCAUGUUGAGGCUGGACGGAUCACUGGCCAGAAUGACGACGGGCUGGGAUACACUUUUUCUCCGGUGCCAGUGACAGCACAGGACCUUUCUUCUGCUGAAUCGCUGGCCGCCCAGUGCCUGAAUCUUGGCUUUGCAAGUUUUGCACAGCUUCGCGAGCUCAGUGCUCGCCUGCCGGCGGACUCCGUGGGGGCACCUUCAGGCCAACCUGUUGCUCCUGCGGAUCCCAAAUCUUUUACUUCUGGAGCCUACGUGCACCACGACAAGAACGGGCUUCGAUCCAAUUGUUUUGCAUUUCCUUUUUCCACACAACUGCUUGCACGCAUAUUGUCGGCUGAGUUUCCUGAUGCCUGUUUUUCUUCAGUGGGCCUAUUCUUCAACUUGAAGGCGCCGCUUCAUUCAGAUCGCAACAAUGAUCAUCGGCACGCCAACCUGUUGCUGCCAGCCUCGCAUUUUUCAGAUGGUCAGGUUUGGGUGGAAGGUCGCGGGCAGCAUCCGUGUCCUGACCUCUCCGCCAAACGCCUUGGUUACCUGCUUGAUGUGGCUUCUGGCCCGCAACGGCUGCCCUCAGAGCGUCUUCACAUUACAUGCCCCUGGACAGGGGACCGCCUGCUCGUGGUGGGUUUCUGCGUUCGUGAUACACAACGACUCUGUGAACGGGACUGCCACUGGCUGCGGGACUCUGGUUUUCCACUGCCCGGCCCUCCCCAAGAUCAUGCGGCCGCUCCUCGCCAGGUCACUUCAACGACUUCUUCGCCCUCUUUGUCUACCUCUACGACGCCGCCGCCACAGGCCUCAGCUUCCAUCGCCAAGCGCCGCCGCGUUGCAUAUCGGCCUGCCUUGCCAGUGCAUUCUACAGCAACGUCGUCUAAAUCUAUGACGCCAACUACACCGGACGACCAACAUGCUGAUGCAUUGGCUGAGAAGAUCUUCCCGAACAACCUGGCUCCACUUGUUAUCGAAAUCUUUGCCGGCACCGCCCGCCUCAGCACUGUUGCUGGGCGCAUGGGCUUUCGUACUUUGGCGGUGGACCGCUCCUCGCAGAGAACCAAUUUCUCUAUACAACGACUGGACCUUACGUUGGAUGCCGACUUGCAGACGCUGCUUGACAUCAUCAAUCUGGAGGCUGACAACAUUGCUUGGAUCCAUUUGGCACCUCCUUGUGGUACGGCCUCGGCGGCACGAUCCAGGCCUUUACAUAAGGCUGAGCACUACGGCUGCCCUGUGCCUCAACCACUACGCAGUGUCACGGAGCCGCAGGGCCUCUCCACACUGACCGGUGCCGACCGCGAUCGUGUACUCGCUGCCAACAAGUUGUACCGAGCUGUCGGCUGCAUCGUUGACCUCGCCCUGCAGCUUGGUCUUUUCGCGACCGUUGAGAACCCUCUCAACAGCUUGGCUUGGCUAUGUGACGGCCUCGACCACCUUUGUCGCCGUGAAGAUAGCUACCAACUCAUCUUUGAUGCUUGCAUGCAUGGCGGGGAUCGCGACAAAACUACCUUAUUCUGGUGCUCCGACCCACGCUUUCAGUCGCUGGCACUGCGUUGUUCCCGUGACCACAAACACGCAUCCUGGAAGCCUCGCUUUGUGGAUGGGCAUUGGCAAUUCCCCACUGCUGCGGAGGCGGCAUACCCUUGGCUUCUUUGCGAACGGAUGCUUUACAUUCUGGCUGAGAGUUUUCCUGCAUUGGCUUCAACUUCACAGCAGCCGCGAGCCUGUGAGCAAGUCGCACUGCAGCGACAGCCAAAAUAUGCUCGACCUCUGGUUUCAUGCUACCAAUCACACGACUGCUGGGCUGUACCUGUACGCUCCGCGGAUGCUGCGGCACCUCUUUUGAAGUGCUACCCCAAAGGUGCUCGUGUGACGCAACGCAAACUGGUGCCGUGGGGAGCAGUCCGGGUUUGCGCUGCCUCGAAAUAUCCUGGUUUCGACAGACAUAGUUCUGCCGAGUUGCUGGGAGGGACGGCCAAGAUCUAUCAACCUGACACUUCCGAUUUCUCUUUGCUUGCAAGCGAGGAUAAAAACGACGUGUACGAGGUGGUGGGAAUGGUGUGCGAUGACAAUCCUUGUGCGACCCAGGCAGAAAUUCUUACUAUUGGAAUUCCACAUGAACCGGAGGACUUUGUGAAGGCUGCGGUCCAAGCGGGGCACCCUCGCAAUGCAAUACUGGUCAAUCGCCAAGGUCCGGCAAAGGAAAUCGCUGCCAACGUAGUUAUGCCAGCAGAGGAGCGCAAGAAAAGGGCCGAUGAGGCUCGGGAUGCGUGGAAGAAAAUUUCCAAGGUGUCGGCUGAGACCAACGACGCGCUUAUGAAACAAAAGCCCGCGUACUUGGCGAAGGCGCUGGCUGGCAAGAACGUCAUUGCUUGGCAGCGCAUUCUUGAGCGAAAUGGUUUCCCUGACCAGAUGCUUUGGGCUGACUUGCGUGAUGGCUUCCGCUUGACAGGAUGGAUGAGAGAGACCGGAAUCUUCAAACCUAGAGUCAAAGCACCGGAAUCCUCUCUUGAAAGUCUGUUAGCACAAUCGUCUUACCGAUCUCCCAUGACUAUGAGCCGGAUAACAAACACGAAGCCGGACGAGACGUCUAGGAAGGCGUGGGCUGAAACCCAAGAGGAGGAGCGCAAGGGCUGGAUCUUCGAGGACACCGCCCCUGACUUCAGCAACAUCAUUCUGGCGCACCGCUUCGGGCUUGAGCAGAAAAACAAAGUACGGGUGAUUGACAACGGCAAGGAUUGCGGCUUGAACAUGGCUUGCGGGCUGCCAGAGAAGUUCACCCUGCACGGGGUCGACGUUCUGGCGGCUGUCUUCCUUGAGUUGUUGAAUAUGCCACGUGACCGCUUGUUCAAAUUGGUUGGGAAAACAAUAGAUCUCGUCUCCGCUUACAAGUUCUACCCCGUACAUCCUCUUGACAGACAACACUUGAGGAUUGGUGUGUUCGACACGGACAGCAAGAGGGCGCGGAUCUAUGGGACUAAUGUCCUACCUUUCGGUGCCACCGGAAGUGUGGCUGGCUUCCUUAGGGUGUCAGCCGCCGUCUGGCACACUGGCGUCCGAGACAUGGGCUUGGGCUGGUGCGCAUACUUCGAUGAUUUUCCAUUGCUAUCUUGUGAUGGAAUGGAGGAACAGAUCGAAGAAUUCGCCGACGAAGUGUUCGAGGCUCUUGGGAUUCAGUAUGCCAAAGAGGGCAAGAAAGCAACAAAGUUUGAUGCGGUUUUUAAUGCGCUUGGCUUGGCCUUCGACCUGUCGGGAUUCGAGAGCGGGGUCAUCUCCAUCACACAUACCAGCGAUCGAAAGAAGGAGUUGAACGACGUUCUCGCGAACAUCUUGCAGACGGGAAGACUUAGCCCCAAGGAGGCUGAAGUCCUCCGCGGGCGCAUGCAUUGGUAUUCUUCUUACUUGUUCGGACGGGCACCGUGCGAAGCUAUGCACCAACUUUCCUUGAGAGCCAGGGGAAUCGAUGGUUCAUCGGAACUGAGCGCUGAUCUGGAAUGGGCGGUGAGGACACUGCUCCAACACGUCAGUACCUCGAGACCCUUGGAGUUGAGGCAGACUUCCGGGAGAGAGCUCUUCAUUUUUACUGAUGGAUCUUAUGAACCUGGCGCUGGGGUUGUGGCCGGCAUCGGAGGAAUCAUUUACGAUGCCUCUGGCGUCCCGUUGGCUUUCUUCAGCUCGGAGAUCCCCAAGUCUGAUUUGGAAGUGCUGGAGGCUGAAUCCGAGCAUCCAAUCUAUGAAGUCGAACUCUACGCGGUCCUAGUGGCGUUCAUGCUAUGGGCGGAAGUGUUGAGAGAUACCUUCAGCACCUUCUACUUAGACAACGAAGCUGCGCAAUCCGCUUUGAUUGCUGGCCGCUCUGGGACUCGAAACGGACGACGGCUCUUACAGCAGGUCUUAUCGCUGGAACAUGACAAUAUGGCUAGGCCGUGGUUUGGGCGUGUGCCUACCCACUCGAACCCGGCAGACCCGCCUAGCCGACAGAUCGUGGACCACCUGAUCAGACAAGGCGCAAGGCAGGACGAUGUCGACUUGGGCUGUCUGCUGCUUGAAAGGCCUCCGGAUACGGGCUGA